AUUUACAGCCUACUAAUCUAGCUUACCCUUUGAACUUCGAGGAUACAAAAGUAGGUAUUGGUUUUCGCGUGAUCACAUAAUUAGUCUCCACUCAGCCUAGUCACUAAGAGAACUUAACUGUUAUGCGUCGUCACAUGCAAGGGGGCAGAGAGAAGCAUCAGCCUUAUGCGAGUAGGCCGCAUGGCUGUCUAGGUAUUCAUUAUCAGUGUUUGCAUACGGGUGGAAAAGAAAUCUACGAGCAGAGUCUGUAAUUUUCAUGUAAACUAUCGAUUUAGAGAUUCGAGAUCCUGACUCGAGAUGCAACUCGAAAUCCAACUCGAAGAAUAGGCAUUCUCGGAACGUUCUUGCUUCAAACAUGAAAAAUAGACUCCAAUGAAAAUGAACUAAUAACUAUUCGCUUGGCUUGCUGUUUCGACUGAAUUCACACGUAAUUACGUUAAACGAGCUAAACAGGACAAGAGAGAUUGAUUGAUUGCACCAUGUUUCAAGCGUAUGCCCGGGGGUGACUCCCGGGUGUUUUAAGGCUCAAUUUCCACCGGUUUCUCGAUUCCACUCUAUUAUUGCGGGCUCCUUUCCUGAAUAGCGGCUUGUAAGCGAGCCUAUUCAGUUUUAAGUGGUAUCUUUUAGGGGUCAAAUAAUUAAAGCUCGAGCUAUUAGUCUCCUUUCGGGGUUGAACGAGCAUACCUGACCUUUCUACAUUGGAGUACCCCCCUCCCCACCGGGAGUAUAUGAUUCAGCAACUUGCAUCGACGCAUUGAGAAAUAAAUACAUUUGUUAGCAGAGCUUGGUUGCCUUGUUCCCUGAGAAAGCCUUUCUGAAAAUGUCAAAUGUGGAUUUGCUAAGCGCUGGGUUCACAGCAAUCUUUGGUGAACACUGGCAAAGACCGCCGAGAAAUGGGGAAUUGAUUUCUAUCCACGAACUUUUCUCCAAGACAUAUAUUAUGGGGCGACCGUUGGAGUCAGUCGACCCUCGUCAACUGUUCGACUUGUCUCUUAAGUCUCUUACCGGAAAAGUUAUAACUCUUGCAGUGGCUGAGGUGUACACAAUUGCUCAAGUCAAAGUUGCCAUCAACAAGAGUUUGAAUGAAUCCACCCCUAUAUCAAGGAUAUGUCUGAUUGACAACAAAACAGGGACGCCGCUAAAUGAUGACAUGUUAACUUUGGGCGACUAUGGAAUCAAAAGUCAUGGUGCGUGUCUGCACAUGGUAUUGAAGUUACGUGGAGGAGGCGACGUUUGCACGACCUGCGGUACUGCACGUCCCUUCAGGCUAAAUUCAGACGACCUUGAUCCCAAAUACGAUUUCGAUUUCAGUAACCUGAAAGAUGACGGCGAGACAUACAUGAGAGGAGGAUUCGUGUACCGUCGGCCGUACGGUUGGAAAAGAUUAGCGAUUAAAGUUGCUGGCAAGUACGAAAACGACGACUGGCUUGGCCCAGAUGGCAUACGCACCGCACAAGCGACAGGAGAAUGGCCCGUGUCUUACCAUGGUACGGAUAUCAUGCGUGCUAACCAGAUUGCAAAGGUGGGCUUUACACCUGGGCCGAGAGCUUUGUUUGGUAAAGGCAUCUACACGAGCCCCAGUCUUGAAAUGGUUGAAAAGCUUUAUGCGCACGAGUUCACGCAUGAGGGAAAAUCUUACAAAAUUGUUUUGCAGAAUCGUGUUAAUCCCAAUGGCCUUCAAGUCAUCCCUGCCUCACAGACAGGAGUUGGAGCUGAUUAUUGGUUGUCGCAAAGUGGAGACGAUGUUCGUGCAUAUGGUGUCCUUACCCGCGAGGUUAAAAAAUUUGACGAGUCACUGAAGGAGGCAUGGGUCUAACUUGAACUAUGUUACUGAUAAUAAUAACUCAUGUGUUUUACCUUAGCUAGCUCCAAACGAGAACAGAGAGACUCUUUAUAUAUUAGUCUAAGUUCGUCUUAUGAAUAUCUCCUACAAGGUAAUUGCAUGCUACUAACGGCUAAAUCUUGGCUUUUCUUUGGGUGUGUUUUUCUGAAUCCGUACUAUACCGGACGCAGACAGCUCAGGUUUCAGCUGUUUUCGAAUAGCUUCAUAUCAAGUCGACCUCGACCCAGUCUUAUCUCACUGCUAUAUAUUCAGCGCUGUUGAUGCCCGCAUCCUCGGAUAGAAACCUCAAACGUACGUCCCGUCUAAAAUAUUUUUGCUUUCUCAUAUAUUCUAUAUCAAAUAGAAGGAGGCUAGAAGAUGAUAUUCCUGUGGUUUCUGAGAAAAUAAUACACUUUCGAGGACUAAAAGCCAGAACUGCUAAAGGGCCUGCUAAAUGCACUCAAGUUUGGCUCGUGCGUCCGCCAGCAGUUUUUCUAGACCUCAAGCGCGCAUUAUUUUGUUAUAACAGUAAAUGCAAAUGUAAUGAUAUUUAAAAACACAUUACUGGUUUUCGUUAUAUUUGUUUUGCUCGUUUCGAGAUCUUUUGUUUAUGAAGGGUUUGCACCUUUGAACAUCUUCGAGAUUUUGCAAACUUGAAUACUGCUAAAAUCAAUUUAGUUUGACUGAAUUGGCGAAGGUAACAUGUUAAAAAUAAAGAUUAAACUGCCGUUAUAAAUCAUGUUCCUCGUGUUUUUAUAUCUCAUCAGUAUUCAGGAAGCACAUUUAGUUCAUUAUUUCACCCAUUCUUGGCCAUGAUUUUUCUCCGACAGAGGUUUUGUGACACAGUUCACAGC